GGAACCAAGGUGCUCAUCACCAAUCCAAAAGAGGUCCAGCUCAAGGACAUCGACGCUAUUUUGACAUUGUUAUGCGGGGCAUAUAAACUCAUGACGGCAAACCCCAAGAGAUUCUGUCAGAAGUCAUCAGGAAACAGCGACGAGUUUACUUGGGGCUUCCAUCAUGAAGAUUGGUUCCGCGCGUACGUCGCCAUUUUUUUCACCAAGAGUCGUCGAAGCAAAACAACAGAAGUCCCAGAGCAAGGUCCAAUGCGCUAUGUGGGUGUUCGCGGGAUAGCUGAAAAAUCGGAAAUAUACGGUUAUGCUACACUCGACGUGGUUUCAUCAACCCAGACUUUGGAAGAAGGGUACUAUUCCAGCGCUGCCGUGGAGAUUACGAAAGAGAUGGCCUUGUUGGACCCCGAACACAACAAAGAAGCAAUGCAGAAACUAGAACAGCGUGCCUCGAAUGAACAAAUUGCGCGCGCUUUAGAUGCCAUCGACAGCAUCGGAAAGAAACCCCAAUCCACACGAGAGUCGCUUGUUGAAGAUGAUGACGGGAUCCUUGAGGAUAUUAUUUCUGAUGAGGUUGCCAAUACCCUGCAUGCCACCGCCCCGGGUAUCGAUCUCCACCGAACUUUGAUGUCUACUCUGCCAAAAGAACACCAGAGAGCGGAGAUGACUGAAAAGGAGCGCCAAUCGCUCAUCGACCUGCUUCGACAAACAUUACGUGAGUACAAGACAAUAUCGCCUCAUCCGAACUUAUCGCAAGGCGACCAAUAUCAGCUACAGAUCAUAACCACGGCUGGCGAUAUCACUAGUCUUGCCGAUGAGAGCGAGACUAUGGGCAGCGACAAAGAUUUAGACUGCCAACUGGAUUCACUCCGUGCUAUGAGAGAGCUGCUGGGCGAAAACAUUCCUGAAAAUCAGGACUUGGAGCAGAUUUGUGAAAGUCGAGGAAUCGAUCUUGCAACCUUGCAGGUAAACCCUCACAAUCCAAGUGUCAUUGCCAAAACCCCGCAGAUUCCAGAUGCCCAUAGACUUGCAGAACUUCUCUCCGGUAAGCUACGUUCUGCCAUGCUACUCAGUGACUGCGGCACCGGAAAAACCUUUGUAACCCUCUUGACUCUGAAAUUUCUACUCGAUGAACGCAUACAGGCUCAUAAAAAAGGCGCUCUCGACCUCUUGGAUGGUGAUCGUGCAUUCAAGCCGAACAUCAUCUUCGUGCCCUCCGCCACUCUCAGCCUAUUUUUUUCCGAAGUCAAUUCUUGCUGGGCAGGCAUUUUUAACAUUUACUCGUUCUACCAGUCGCGCUCGAAUUGUGCAAAUACUGAUCGACAGACUAAGACCAUUGAUACCCUCCAAGACCUCCAAAAAUAUGUCGAUCGAUGGGCCAAGCAGCAUCAAGAUCCAGAGACUGGCCGAGUCAUCCUCCUCACUGCAUACUCGACUGCGACCAGGCGUCUUCUCAAAAGACGCGCAGGCAAAGGCCUCACACGCGAUCAAAUGGAUCUACUAUCUUCUCAGGGAGACGCCAUCGAUUAUGACAGACAAGACAAGGAGAUAACAGCAAUUUUCGAGGAUCCACCAGAGUGCAAUGAUGGCGAGAAAGGAGCCCGACGGAUUGGUAAAUCGACAGUAGCAUACAUCAGAAGAAGCGAGAAAACCCUGACCAACGACAUGUGGAACGUUGUUGUUUGCGACGAAUGCCACCAAAUCAAAAAUCCUGGGACCAGGGCCAAUGAAUUAGUUCGCCAGCUUGACCGAGAAGCUUUGCUUCUCGUAUCGGCCACACCGUUGCCUAAUCACGUAAGAGAUAUCAGCGGCUAUUUGCGAGUACUUUGGGACCCAGCUUGGCCGUUUGGCUACCAACAGAAAGGUGACGCUACGAAUGCCAAUGCUUUCUUUGGAGAUUUAGUAUAUGACAGCCUCUUUGACGAGUCCAUCAAACUUGAAGUUGGAGAGCCUCUGACACUGAAUCGUGUUCUCCAUGGCAGAGUCAAAACGACAUCCCAGCUAUCGCCAAGAGAACUCCGUCGAACCAUGGAGUGCAAGUCGUUUGUGGAAGAUCAGAAUGGUCCAGCGUAUCUUUUGAACCCCAAUCUCUUCAUGGAGUUCGCCAAGAACAAGGAGUAUGGGACAUGCGUCUCAACAUUAGCUGUUGGCCCAAUUCUUAAGCUCCUCUCAGUCCGACGAGGUAUGCUUACAAUGAUGACACUACCAAAUGGUGACGUAACGUUUAUGGGCAAGGGCAUCGCCGGAUUCAAAACAGAAACUGUGGAAUUGGAGCACUCGGCAGAGGUCAAGGCUAAGCUCGCUGCACAUAUCAACAUCUUGGCGGACAAAUUAAUGACUCCAACAGAAGCGGGUCCUUCUGAAGUGCUUGCGGGAGGUUAUGUCCUUGAACGAGCUGGAAUAAUAUUUAACGGUGCAGUAUAUCGCCGUUUGUCAUUAGCUUCUACUGACGUCAACAACAUCAAACUCACAACUCCCUCAAUACGACUCUUGCAGCGGCUAUCUGAUCUUCGGCAAGGCACUGUUGGCGAAGUACCCCAGAGGUUGUCGACUACCACACUAUUCAAUACCGCUGGUGUUGCCCAAAAUCUAGCUGACGACUUAGAAGCCAGGAUUAACACUUUGGGAAUCGAUGAGUCCGGCCUUCCAGAAUACCAGAGACGGAAGAAAGCUCGGAACGCACGUUCAAAACCAAGUCUUGCUGCAGGACGCGAAGAAGUUGAUCAAGUUGCCCUUUUUGAUACUACAGGUGGUCUCCAGUGGAACUUCUACAACACCCGUGAGAGCCAAAAGCUUGGGUUUCCGCCUGAUCGAGUCAAUCAGGUGAGAUAUGUCGCUUGGGACUCUCCCAAGUAUAUAUAUACGGUUCUUGAGGCACUGGAUGCACAAACCAAAGGCGAGCGCUUGUUGGUAUACACAAACAACCCUUUAACAUCCCAAAUGGUGAAUGCUUUGCUCGUGGCUGCAGGUGUCCCUACCCUUCACUACAUGAGCCGAAACUCCCAAACAGAGCGCGACAAAGCCGUUGAAGCUUUUAAUGAUCCAGCUACACCUUACAGCUGCUUAGUGACAUCGCUGCAACUCUCAGCCUUCGGCGUGAAUCUCCACAAGGCGUGUCAUCGCGGCUUGAUUCUGGAGCAACCAAUCAGCCAAGCAAUCCUUCUCCAAGCUCAAGGUCGACUCUGGCGUAUCGGACAAAAGCAUGAUGUCCAUUGGAAAAUCCUCUACUCCAGAGACUCCUUCGACUGCUAUAUCGAGUCGCAUAAUCUUGAAAAGUACGCUACAACUCUUGCGGCUGAGAGUGGCAUUGAUCCCAGGAUCAAAGGCGAAGCAAGGGUCAUAUGCGCAUUCGAAAUCAUGCGACAGCAUUUGGGUCAGUCUUGCUCCAGGUAUAGCCGGGCUCGUGUGGUAUGGAGUCAGAUGGACAGCCCUAAGCUAGAACACGAAGGUCUCUUCUAUUCUGAACUUGCACAGUACUUUUUCAACCACCCUGACAAGUCUGACUUGGUCGGGAAACAUAACAUCAAGGAGAUCGCCAAAGCAUGGAAAAUCGGCCAUGAGAUCACCUCAAGUAUGGUUGAAUCUCCAAUUCCUCUAGAAGAUGGAUUGGUUCUGGAAAGCUACGAAGAAGCAGACGAUGAGGAUACUGCUCUUGGAAAGACCACUUCGCGAAAGGAAAAGGGUGAAAGGCAUGGCAAAGAGGCACUCACCAAGAAAGCAAGGGAAGUAAAGCUAUAUUAGCAAGACGUUUGGGACUGAGAUUUAUGUAUGAUUUCGCGAUCCGCUACGAUGUUGUAGUACCAACACAUAAAAGGGGUGGCUUUGGCAGUGGGGGAAAUCUGGCUUGGCCCGAUGUCAGCAAAAAAGCUCAUCUGAGGCACGCCUAGUAGGAUAACU